AUGGCUACUCCUGAUCAGGCUCGUCUUCUUUCUAAAAAAUUUGAUGAGGAUACUAUAUCUCCAUCUUUAAAACGUUUAAGAUCCGAGCUUUCACCAGAAGAUGAUAGGGCAACGUUUAUUGAAGCAUUAAAAUCGGAUUCUAUGUUACAACGUGCUGUAGCUGAUAUUGUUCAAACUAAUUCUGGUUCCGUCACUCAGUCAGCAGAUAAAAUAGUUGAUGUUAUGUACGAUGGCAUCGUCAAACAAAUUGGUGAACGUCUUGGCGCGCUAGAAGCGCGAUUAGCUAAAGUAGAAGCAAAAACUGAGGAUUUACAACGGUACAAUCGAUCGUUUAAUUUACGUUUUUAUGGUUUUGAAGAGCGUGAAUACGAAAAUGUUAAAGAUCGUCUAAUAGAUUUUUUUAACACGCAUAUGAAUCUGAAGCUGAAUGCAAAUGUGAUUGAAAACUGUCAUCGUCUACCCUAUACAAAUCAACGGCAAAAGAAACCACGACCGAUUAUUGCUCGCUUGUACUCUCGACCAAUUCGUCAACUUAUAUUAUCGUCUCUCGGUCAAUUAAAAGGAAAAAAAUUGAAUAUUACUGUCGUCGAAGAUCUAACACCGUUGGCUUUAGCUCGUUUCCAUCGUACACGUGAUCAAUUCGAGGAUAAUGAGAAAAAACGAGUUAUUACUAGAAACGGUCGUAUUUUUGUUCGCAAUGCUGACAAGUCCCUUACAUUAGUGGCUGAAUGA